UUAGGGGGCCGGAGAAAGUGGCAUCUGAACGAGCUAGUGGUGGGGGAUACCAAUGGGAAACUCUAUGUGUACAAGAAUGAUGACAGCAAACCCUGGACUGUGCGAUCCUGCCAAGGAAUGCUCACAUGUGUUGGCGUGGGAGAUGUAUGCAAUAAAGGAAAGAAUCUCGUGGUGGCAGUGAGUGCAGAAGGCUGGUUUCAUCUUUUUGACCUGAGUUCUGCAGCUUCAAAGCACCCAGAUGUCUCAGGCCAUCAUGAGUUGGCGGCAACAGCAGAAGAGCAGAAGCCAGUGUUCAAGCAGCACAUUCCUGCCAACACCAAGGUCAUGCUGAUCAAUGACAUUGAUGGAGAUGGGAAAUGUGAGUUGGUGGUGGGUUACACCGACAGGGUGGUGCGUGCCUUCCGCUGGGAGGACACAUCUGAGAGUUCCUAGAAGGUCAGUUCUCAAUUUGACUCUCUCCAUGUUUUUCCUGUGCCGGUACAGGUGGACAGCUUGUCUGUGAACCCAGGCCCUGAUGGCUCACCUGAGAUGAUGGUGUCUCAGCCUGGCUGUGGUUAUGCCAUUCUGCUGUGCACCUGGGACUCUGAGCAGCAGCCCGCACCAGAGAGAAGAGACAACUCUGCCUCAGGCAGGGAGGCACCUGUUCGAGAUGUUGUUCUCCACCAAACAUCUGGUCGUAUCCACAACAAGAAUGUUUCCACUCAUCUAAUUGGUAGCAUUGGCCGAGGCUGCUCCAGUGUGAAUAGUGGCUCAGGCCUCUUUGCCCUCUGUACUCUAGACGGGACAUUGAAACUCAUGGAGGGGGCGGAUAAGCUGCUCUGGUCUGUGCAGGUUGAUCACCAGUUGUUUGCUCUGGAAAAGCUGGAUGUUACUGGCAAUGGGCAUGAGGAAGUGAUUGCCUGUGCGUGGGAUGGCCAGACAUACAUCAUCGACCACAAUAGGACUGUCGCCAGAUUUCAAGCGGAUGAGAAUGUCAGUGCGUUCUGUGCAGGCCUCUACGCGUGCAAAGGAGGAAGCAACAGCCCAUGCCUAGUUUAUGUCAGCUUCAAUCAGAAGAUCUACAUCUACUGGGAUGUGCAGCUGGAGAGAAUGGAAUCCACCAACCUGUUGAAAAUUCUGGAGAGUGAUCCAGAGUUUGGAGACCUCCUGCAGCAGCUGGGUGUAGAAAGAGGUGACGUUUCUUCUGUUAAAGAUCUAAUUCACAAAACACUGUAUUCUCCUGAGAAACAGCAGCAGAACAGCCCCUCACAGUGCCAAGACCCUGCUGGAAUAGUUUCUUCUACCCACCACGCUACUGUCCAUUGCCCCUUAUAACCUUUUGACACCUUUCAUCUGAGUGCAAACUCUUCACAGAAUGGAAUUGGGCAUUCAUGUUGCAUGAAGAUCAGACUGCUCUCUUUUCCCUCUCUGUCAAGGCUUCCAGCCUGCCAACAGUCUACAGGCCAGGGUUUCAGGGAGGCAAGUGCUUGCCUGUUGGCUUGAGGCACAAUGACAAGAUGAUUUGCUUAGCUGAGGAAGCUACCAGGACAGCAAGAGUCCAGGGCUCUGUUCAUUGGCCUUCCAUUGCCAGUUUCUGUGUUCUAUGCUAUCCAGAGUCCUUUUUGGGUGACUGUGGAAGAGCUCUGAGGACACAGAUGGGAGAGAAUAGCCAAGCUCAGUCUUAUAGUUGCUGUAGUGAUUGAUUCUGAGUUCCUAGUGGGCUCACAGAGCAGGAUUUGUGGGUUGAGGACUUGGGGAAAGCCCUCUCUCGCUGCCCAACUCUUCUGUCCAAUAUAGGCGUGUUUCUUCAGUAGACCCAGGCAUUGUUUGCCUUUGUUCUGGUGCUCCUCUCCUGCCAAGCUGUGCUUCUCACAAGCUGCUUUCUGUCCUGAAGAGCUAGGAACAUGUGAGAAGAACCACAGCUUGCACUGGUGAGGUGUCAAGGGGUACCAAAGCUCCAAGGAACUCCAGCUGCACUUGAGAAGCAUUGCUUGCCUUCAUCCUCUUGGGCAGAGUGAUCCCAGAGGUGGUUGUGAAAGCAACUGUAAACUGGGCAAUAAAAGGAGUUUGUCUUAGCUAUGGA